GCAAUUAACAGAGUCUAACCAGAAGAAAUGAAGAUCGCUAGCUGCAUUUUAAUUCUAACCUUUUCGGUUUAUCUUGGUUUUAUAGGAUGCUCUUCACCGAUUCCUGGACCAUCAAAUUUUGGGCCUACCCAUUGGAUGACUGUACACACAGAUGGCCAUCGGGUGAGAGUCAAGAGAGAUUUUUGGUCCGGCAAGGUUUUGGCUGUUGAACUGCAAGGCCAGCUACCUUUUAGAGCCAUCCCUGGGGAAAUUAGGCAUGUAGUUGAUCGCGCUAAUAAUUUACACUUUGCUGCACAAGUAAAUCCUGAAACUGGAAAAUGGAUCGCAGUUGACCUUAUAAAACCAGCUUACAAUUUGAUUUUACCACCUCUUCCUCCAAUUAAGCCACGUGAUCGUCCUGAAAACAACGAAGAUGUUUGAAAUCACUGAUAUACAUUCAUGCCGAUAGAGAUGGAAUAUAGCGAAAUUUAAGCAUCAUGGAGUUAUUCAAAGAUAAAGCACCAUUUUGGUUUUUUUACCUACGAAUCUGCUGAAUCUAUCGUCAAGGAUUUGAGUCUAUAUAAAUAG